AGAGUUCUGCGGUAACAUGAGUGAUGAGGAGUGGCUGCAAAUACAGAUGAAGCUUCGUUUGCUCACUUCCUGUUGUGUGGCCCAGACAGGGCACUGUCUGUGGCCCCAGGGGUUGAGGACCCCUGGCUUCAACAACAUAAAGACCCCAGUUACUGGAUUGGGAUCCACCCUCACUCAAUAUGGCCUCAGCUUAAUGAAAGACAUCUGCAGAGACCCUAUUUCCACUAAAAGCCACAUUCUGAGAUUUCUCGUGGGCGUGAGUUUUUGAGAGACACUGUUCUGCUCCAUGCAGGGAGGGAAUUGGGAUCUGAAGACGUUGCAUUCGAGGUCUCGGGGCUCCUGAUGAGCAGCCUCGGCCUGACCUGGGGCAGGUGUGAUGUCUGCGGCUCACCAUCUCCACCCUGCCUGCUGUGGAAUCUCCACAACGACAGGUGCUUUGGAGGCCAGAGUGCAUGCGUACGGGCCCUGCACACGCUGCAUGUCACUGGGAACACGGACACACCCCGCUUCCAGGAGAAGAUAGAACAUGUCGACCCCUUUUACCAUAUGACACAUUAUCAGACCAAACCAGAGCUCUUGGUUUUCGGAUCUGGGGAUGAAUUCUUUAGCACAGAUGGAACCAUGAACUUCUAUGAUCAACUGCCAGGAAGGAAAUACCUCAGAGCCAUCCCCAGUGCAGGACAUGCUAUUGACUUCCAUGAGACAAACACCUACUUGGAAAUCAGGUUUUUUCUGUACCUUUUGAAGGAGCAGGAAUUUCCCAGCAUUUCCUGGACAAAGACGGAGGUAAGUGUCAGAUACGGAGUGGAAUUCAGAGAUGGAGACUCAUCCCUGUAUGUGACAGGGAUGGGGAUUUACCAAGAGAGGACAGUGCCCAGCCUGAGCCUGGGAGUUUGGUUGUUGGGUGGCACAACUCGUCUGAGAUGUGCCAUUCUGGUGUGUCCUGGAUCAAAAUUUGGGGCAGGCUGGGGUGGCUUCAGCUGGAAUCACCUGCAACCUAUCUCCUCAAGUCCCCAGCCCCUAAUGCCGCUGGGUAAUCCCUGGGCGUAUCAGCCAUGUAAAUCUCAUACCAAAAGGCGAGGCACAGUGGAAACAUGUGGAAGCCCCCAGGAUAACGCGUGGAGCCUGAGGCAGCCCGGCCCAGCCUCUCAGGCCAAGACGCGCCUCUGCAGACGUCACCGUGGCAUAGACGCGCCUCUGCGGACGUCACCGUGGCAUGGGCGCGCCUCUGCGGACGUCACCGUGGCAUGGGCGCGCCUCUGCGGACGUCACCGUGGCAUGGGCGCGCCUCUGCGGACGUCACCGUGGCAUGGGCGCGCCUCUGCGGACGUCACCGUGGCAUGGGCGCGCCUCUGCGGACGUCACCGUGGCAUGGGCGUGCCUCUGCGGACGUCACCGUGGCAUGGGCGCGCCUCUGCGGACGUCACCGUGGCAUGGAUGCGCCUCUGCAGAUGUCGGGGGCAGGUGGGUAUUUGCAUUCCAUUGAAACCUGUCUGUGCUUGUCAGAGGAUGGCCAGAAGCAGACCCAGGAGGAGCUUUGGAACUGCACGGGGCAGGUGCAGCCUGGGGGUGGCACAGACCACAGAAUACAAGAGGCACCCAGGAGUCAGAUGCAGCAGAUAGAGGCCGCGUGCCUCACCGCCUGUGAAAUGCAGGGAGAGGAGGAUGUUUAUGUCACUGAGCCCAUCGGGCACAGCAUGGAAGUAUGUGACAUCCAUGGUUGACACUAGGAAGAGAGCACUCGAGUUAGGCCUAUGAAGGGUGGAUCAUGACCUUGGGCUUUUGUGCAAAGAUGACACUCCUGUGUGUGGCCGUGUCCUCAAAUGCAUUGACAUUUAGCAUAAUGUUUUUAAGGUCCACCUAUGUUGUAGCCUUUUAAAAAAUCCAGGUGUCCUCAGCAGGUGUGAGUCCAGGGAUACCGCAAACGAUGCUUGUUCACUACCAGAAUGGGACCCUGGCAGGAAGAAGGCGUACAAAGUGUGUGAGCUCUGGGAGGGAAGAGAUAUCUCGUUGAGAGAAUCCCAAGGGUGUCAGAGGCUUGGAGAUCAUCCAGUAAGGAAACGAAGGCGCAAGCGUCGAUGUGGCUGUCUCUGGGUCCUAGGACAGGGCCUGUCCCCCCUGCCAGGGUGGUGCUGGCUCUUGGCCGCCUGCCAUCUUCCCUGCCUCACUGACCCAGCAAGACAAAGGUACAGAGAGAGUGUCCCCUCCUUUCAGACAGCGAGGCUGGGCAUCGUCAGGUUCCACACCGAUGUGGAGCCCCUCUCCAUCAAGGCUUGGCCAGCAAAGGCCUGCGGUGGAGAAAGUACUGAGAAUUGUGGAACCUGUGUAGGGCAGUGGCCCCGAUGUGUGGGCAUGGGGGGCAUUUCCCUCCCUUUUUGGUACCUCCUCAGGGUCCGCAGUGUGGUCCUGGGACUGCCUUCAUGGGCAUCGUAGGAAAGCCACACGGCAAGGCCCAGGCUGACCAUCUAAUCGGAGGACAGUACCCCUCGCUUCCUGCAGACCCCGGGUGGGCAUGUGGCACCCCAGUGAGGGGAAGAAGGGGCCAUGCCCUGACAGGUGCCGAGGCCCACCUCCCAUGCUCUCCCUUCCUGUGGGGGCCUCCCUGCAGCUCCUCCCGGCGCCUGUUUGCAGCAGAAUCCCACGCAUUGCACCUUUCUUGAGCCCCCUCCCUUCUUUCUUGUGUACUUGCCUGGUUUGGCAGCGGCCCUGACAGCUGGGCACAGGGUCCUAUUCCACCUGGAUCUGCUUCGGGUUAGAUGGUCAUCAGUGAUGCACACUGACCCUUUUUUGUAAGUGUUGCUGUCUCUGGGUAACUUAUAUUUAUUUUUAUGGGGUCUUGUUCUGGUACCUCGGAUGUCACUGUGGCACAGGCGCGCCUCUGCGGACGUCACCGUGGCACAGGUGCACCUCUGCAGAUGUCGGGGGCAGGUGGGUAUUUGCGUUCCGUUGAAACCUGUCUGCGCUUGUCAGAGGAUGGCCAGAAGCAGACCCAGGAGGAGCUUCAGAACUGCACGGGGCAGGUGCAGCCUGGGGGUGGCACAGACCACGGAACACAAGAGGCAUCCAGGAGGCAGAUGCAGUAGAUAGAGGCCGCGUGCCUCACCGCCUGUGAAAUGCAGGGAGAGGAGGAUGUUUAUGUCACUGAGCCGCUCAGGGAGCAGAGUUUCUGAGUCAGUUUAGACAGGACACACUCCCGUGGUGGCUCUGGGGCCAUGUUCUCCUGUGCCUGGUCACUGCAGCGGGGGCUGUGGCAUCCUUCCAUCUGCAGCCACAGCAGCGGGAGAGCUGUAUCAGGAGAACUCAGUGACUCCAACAACGCGGCAUCCUGGGCCUGGGGAGGUCCGCCGCAGACCUGUGCUUCAGGACACGGAGCUGGCAUGUUUGAGAAGGGACUAGAUCUGGGCGGCCGUUGGGUUCAGCCCCGCUUUGACAGGUGUGGCUCGAGGAAUCCAGCGCCAGCAGCUGGGGCAGCGCAGGCAGGAGGAGCUGGGCCUCUCACUCCCGGCAGGGCCCUGCCACGCGUGCUGCUGCUGAAUCUGUGUGUUCUGUUCCCUCAGAAGAGAAUUCUGGUCCCUUUCCCCUGGGAUUGAGGUCUCCUGGUCUCAGUCUGCAGUGGGAAACCCGGUAAGAGGAGCCCCCCACAGUGCCCCACUUUCCAGAUCCUUUCUCCAUCAGUACCAGGGGCUGCAGCAGUGGUGCCCAAAUCGCCCUCAGCCUCCCUUUCUGCUCUGCCGACUCCUGGGGCACGGCCCUCCAGCGUUCCCCAGCCUCUGGGCACCCCGGCUCUCCACAGCGGCUCUUGGUGCCUCUGGACUGGUCCCGAGUGUGUGCCGGCAGCCUCUGGCUUUUGAGGCAAUGCUUUCCUGACAAUACAUCUGUGGGUUGAGUGGGUGGAAACUGAAUCGCUGACUUAUGUUUAUUUUCUUUUUUGCUUUUGGAAUUUUUUUUUUCCUGAGCUGAAAUUCACAUAACAUAAAACUAACCAUUUCAAAAUGAA